AGUCUGAUUCUGUCUGAUUCUUCUAAUUCUAAUAGUAGUAGUAGUAACUAGUAAGUAGAAGAGAGAACGAGAGAACCAAGGAACUCGAAAUGUUGAUGUCGUUCUAUUGUGUGUCAUAAAGUACACAUCUUGAAGAAUGUCGCAUAAGAAUGCUGCUAGCAGUGGAAAUGAAGAUAUGUUUACAAUAAUCAUUGAAACUUUAACUGGGACAACAUUUGAGGUGAAAGUUUCUCCACAAGAUACUGUAAAAUCUAUCAAAACAAAGAUUCAAAGAGUUGAAGGUAUUCCAGUUUCCCACCAGCAUCUGUUGUAUAAUUCCCGAGAGUUGGAAGACACAGCAUGUAUCACAGAGCCAAGCGUAGGACUGUGCGAAGGGUCUACUGUAAAGUUGGUGCUGUCCAUGCGCGGCGGACCAAUCAGUCUUGUACAUCAGCCUAUGCCACUGAACCGGACCAUUCUUCGGAGCCUAGUGAAGUUUAGCCGAGAGGACGCCUUGGAAGACCUCCCGCCAGGUUGUAGGAUGGCCAUCUUGGUGUUACGAGUGGGUGAUCAGUUGAACCUGUUACACGUGGUAGAGGAUGACGAAGACUCAGACUCUGCAAGCUUCUCUAGGGAUACGUCCAUCGAUUUGCUGGAAGGUGAUCUCUCAAAAAACCUGGAAGAAAAUUCUGUUACAAUGGAAAAGGUCUGUGAUUUAAAAGAAAGAAUGGAAAAACUUUCUUUACAACGUAAAAAUAAGAAGUCUGAAUCAAAAUGUGAAGAAGCCAGCUCAAAAUUGAGUAUUGAAGAGAGGCCAUCAAAUCCUGGAAGCUCAUUAAGACUGCCUUCUAUUAGCCACCAAGUCCAAGGCGAGAUACUGAAGUCCAGGAGUGAAUUUUCUCAAGUUCCUAUUUUGCCAGAUAUAAUACCUCAGAACAGUCCUGCAGAGCUGGAGGAAGUUGUCGCUAUUGACAGUGCCACAGCUUCCAGUCAGAUUUGUGACUCGUUGAGGCCAAACUCUUGCCCCAGCGCUGUCACCGAGAGUCAGUUUUAUGAUGUUUUUGGAGAAGACGGAUGCCAAGAUAAUGUUCAGAUUGCUCAGCCUCACUUUAGGUGUAUCAGUGCCUGUGCAUCUAAACUCCGCCACGAGUGGGGCGUCAACUAUUCAGAGAUAUCAGGAUUGAACAUCCUUCCACCUAUGACUGGUGUUUCUGAAAUUUUAAACAAUAACAGGAAAGUAUCCAACAUCGAACCAAGAAGGUCACAAACAACAACAGUUCCUUACAUAGAAAACUUGAAUGUCCACCACAAAAACCUGACCAGUACAAAGUUGACAAAGAAAACACAAUAUUGCUUUAGGAAAAGUGAAGGGUCAUCUAUUUUAAGAAGAAAUAUCAAUGGUGCAGAAGAAUCUCCAUCAAGUUCUUUUGUUCAGGAUAGUUUUACUCUCGAUUCAGAAUUUUUAUCUUCGAGAAGUUUUGAACUCCUGCCAAAGAUACCGAAUGUUUCACCCCCUCCUGUGAAGGCUGUAACAGAACCAUUAGCAAGUGAGUUGCCAGUUGGGACUGCUACGAGGAUUUCCAUUGACCAAUCCUUGAGAGGAAAAGUGGAUUUUGAUAAGAAAAGCCGGAUCAGAUGCGCUGAAUGCAAGAAGAGGCUUACCCUUGCCAACAUGUUUGAGUGUAGAUGUGGCUUCACAUUCUGCUCUUUUCAUAGGUAUUCAGAAACACACCACUGCACUUAUGACUUCAAGAAAGAAAGCAGAAAGGUGUUAGAACAAGCCAACCCGUUGGUUGUUGCACCUAAACUACCCAAAAUAUAACUUUUUACCACUUCAACCAACUUACAAUGAAUUCUUAAAAUUCUAAUAAAUAUUUUUGAAGCUAUUUUUAGACUACUCAUUAUUUGUUAGGUAACUAUUUGUUUGACUCUUACAUAUUUAGCAUGUAAUGUAGGGUGUACACAAUAAAAUGUCUAUAUUGUUUUAAA